AUGGAAGAACUCAUCGAAGUAUGGAAGAGAGUCGAAAUAACAGAUUCUGGCCGAAGAGCUGUGAAAGAAAAGGUCACCAAUGUUCUCAAGCGAGUCGUGCUUGGGGAUGAGGCCACCGUUGAUGCAGCCACCACAGACGCAGAUUUAAGAGAGCUUGGGACUGUAGCAGGUGCCGUCAUUCAUGCCAGCAGAAAAGCUGAAGUACCCCCUGAUUGGGGCUGGGAAGGUCGCUAUUACGAAAUGGUAAAAAAUUCCGAAGAUAACUGGAAUGAUCUCUUGAGGCUUCUAUACGAAUUCACACCUGACAUCGAUGUACAAGCAGUGGCCAACAUCUUGGACGUUGACAACCAUAUUGUCUGGGAGAUGCCACAAAACUGCUUCCAUUAUCCGGGCAUCAUGUUGGAUAUCUCCACCUUCAAGCCUCCUGUGUGGAAUGAAGAAGACAAAUCUGUGUUUGGCAAUGAACAUCACAUCUUGGAGAAGGAUCCUGCGUAUGGAUUUUAUUUCAACCGACAAGUUGGCGUUCAAGAUUGGGGUUGGUCGGAAAGUAAGACAGAAAUGCCGUUAACAAGACCAGAAAGAUGUCGUAUGUUUUGGUUCAGAACGACACCAAUAGUACCAAAAUGGGCCAUCGGUUGCAUGAAAAAACUGGGCUGGGAAGAAGGAGGCGGCUUGGGAGCCCAUAUCGAAGGCCGGCUGGGAUAUGUCAAACUCUUAGAGGCUACUGAGGAAGGUGAAAUGGUUGCUUGCCACAAUCCUCGUGACGAAUCACAUUGGGAGGACUACAACUUCGACGCAUCAAAACCGAAUCACGAAGAGUAUCAUUACUACAAACUUGAGAUGAUAUUCGUCUCACCGAAAGACCUUGAGGAAAUGUUGGAGAUGGCUGCUGCAACUCUGCCAGGAGUCUUCCGCGAACCCUGGAACGAAUUUCACAUCAGAAAAGAGCAAGAGGGUGUCCGUAAGAACGCCGAAAUGGAAGCUUUUAGGGAGUUCACAAAGCGGGGUGUGUUGAAGGAUCGGGAGUAUGUAUGUUCGAAGCAUGCAAGAUACAUGAAGCGUGCUGCAAAGCAGGUGGCUUAG